GUCGCACAUUUGUGUAUAAAACAAGAGAAGCUACCCAGCUCGUAUUCACAAUACUGUCUGGGUUUUAUUUAGCUGAAACAACAUGAUGCAUGCGACUAUUUAAAUAGUGAUCCGACCUUGCCCAUCCUGCAAGAUAGCUGCUGCGUUCACAGAACAAGGGAGUUUUUCCAGACCCCUAAAAUGAAGGGUCUUUUCCUUGUGGAGCCUCUGGUGGCCCUGUAUGCGUUUUCCAGUUUUCUCAUCUACCCGCUCGUCCAGCAGUAUGUGUAUCGGAGACUCUGGCAACAGCUGACCAACACCACCUAUCCCAUCUUUGACAACGCCUCCAGAUGUGCAGAAAACAGCAGCAGCAACCACUCACUCCAUCAUGAGGAGGUACAGAGGCAGGCGUCUCUCUUCUCCCUUUACUCAGAGCUGCUCUCUACUGUUCCAUCUUUGGUCGUCACUCUCAUGCUGGUGGCCUACAGCGACCGGGGAGGACGUAAAAUCACCAUCAUCAUGCCUUUGAUCGGCACAUUGAUCUACACCUUAACCUUCCUGACUGUGUCCUACUUUGAGCUCAACAUCUAUUUGCUCAUCGGCUCCUCACUUCUCAGUUCUCUGUUUGGUGGUUUGGGCACAUUUCUCGGCGGCUGUUUUGCCUAUAUAGCGGAUUUGUGCGAGGAUGGUCGUCAGAAGACGCUGCGUAUGGCUGGAGUGGACAUGAUGAUCGGUCUGUUGUCCGGAGUGGCUGCAAUAUCAACAGGCUACUUCCUGAGAGCUGCAGGCUUCAACUGGCCUUUCCUAACCUCUGCAAUGUGCCAGUGUCUGAAUCUACUCUAUGCAAUUUUUAUCCUAGAAGAGACUGUGAAGAAGGCUCCCACUGGUAGCGUCGUUUUAGAUAGGCCUCCUCAGCAUUCGGCCAUAAAACAGAUGUUCUUGGGGGUCUACUACAUGUUUGCACGGGCCAGCUGCAGGUGUAAAACUGUUUUGGCCCUCCUCAUGACCAUCUUUACCAGCUUCUCCUUUGCGUAUACAGGUGGAAUCUCGCCAGUGACACUCUAUGAGCUCAAUGAGCCGCUGUGUUGGAGUGAGAUUUUGAUCGGCUAUGGCUCAGCACUGUCCACCACAGUGUUCCUGGUCAGUUUUGUGGGAGUGUCAGCAUUCACAUAUUGUGGUGUGCCACAGCUGCUCAUUGUCCUGCUGGGGAUCCUGUCUGUCGCAUCAGGCAUGGUGCUCGCAGCGUUUGCCAAGACAACUUUACUGAUGUUUAUAGUGAGGAUCCCAAUGCUUCUGUCGAUCAUGCCUUUCCCUGUUCUACGCUCCAUGAUCUCAAAGAUCGUCUCAAAGUCUGAGCAGGGCGCCCUGUUUGCUUGUCUUUCCUUUCUGGAGAGUUUAACCAAUAAUGUAUCCGCAGCAGUCUUUAGCAGUGUUUAUGCUGCCACAGUAGCAUGGUACCCAGGCUUCGUCUUCCUGUUGUCUGCAGGACUCUGUGCCAUUCCUUUGUUUGUCCUGGGGGUGGUGGGUCUGAUUGGAACAGAUGUUGCCAAAGAGGACAAAAGUCCAGAGCCUUCAGUUUCAGAGGAGGAGAAUCCUGUUGGAGAUCAGAAUGACUGCAAUCGUCUCAUUAGCUAAGCCGCAUGGACUACCAAAACCUCACUAGCACUUUGUACAUUUAUUUUAAGAUACUUUUUCCAAAAGUACCUCAAAAACUCGUGUUUUUAGUACAAUAAUGCAGAUUAUAGUUACACCUCUCAUUUUUGUUGCCGUGCUUCUUUAUGUUGUAGCAGACGGGUUUGAUUACAGCAUUCUUUUAAAAAUAUAUUACAUUUGCAAAGUUGUUGGAUUUGUCAAUAUGGUAGCAUAAAUAGGUUAAAAAAAACCUUCUCAAUGAAGGAAUAUUGAAGAGAUUUGACAUCCAAUUUAUCUAUCAGGUCUUCAGGUAAGAAAAAUUUCUGAGCACUCUCAGACAUAUUAUAUAUUGUAGUUAUUAUUGUUAUAUUAAUAUGUUGUCAAAUGUGUUUAUUGUGAGAAAAUGAUUUUAAAUGAGUGGUUUUCAGAGUUACAGGUAACACACCUUUUGUAUUUUUGCCUCUCAGGUCUAGUGCAAUGUUUGUCUAUGUGUUUACAAAGUCAUCCUUUAUCACUCUAAGAAUAGGUGAGGACUAUAAUUCUAGAAAAUGACGGUAAUGAGUUCAAAUUAAUGACAUAUUAUUAAAAACUAAAUUUUUUACUUUUAUUUUGUAUUCUGAGUCGGCUUCUCUUGGCUACUGGCAUAUAUGUGAAAACUGCAUAUAUGUGCAUUUUUGCCUAAAUAACACACAGAGAGUUUAUCAUAAAAUCAUAUAGGCCAUUAUGUGGCCAAACUGAAUGUACGCAAUGAAAUACUCAUUUGACUGGUGAAUGUCUAUAAGAUUUUAAGGAAAACUUGCCACUUGAUAGACUAUAAAUAAUAAUAAGUUGCCAUAUGACCACUCACAAAACCCGGAAUUCUCCUUGUAUGAUAUUGCUUGCCUUGUUGUAUGUCACAAGUAGCUAUGUUUAACCAGCAUUUUCUAAACAUUUUGUCAAUGUCAUAAACAAGCUACCAUAAUUUUGUAUCCAAGCAGAUCACACAUCAUACUAGCUUUGCAGCACGAUUGACACUGACAUUGACAGACAAAACUGUGUAGUAGCUUAGGAUAUUCAACCUCAAAUCUGUACUUUUUAUUACUUUUUUUUCAGAAGGCGAGUUGAAGUACUUCAUUUCAUUCAUUCUUGGACACCUGGGAAGCUGAUUUUUGCUUUAUUUUCAGGUUAUUUGAAUACCAUGGAGAUCAAGAGUGCCAGCAAAGCCCUGAGAAGCAGAAGCAAUGUUUAUGACACUUAUUUCAGAAGUUUUUCCUUUGGUUAAAUUUUUUUUUUCUAUUAGGCAGGACCAAGGACGGGUCUACAGUGACAAUGAGAGACUUUUGUUUGGCCAUGGAGCAGCUCCUCUUACAUUAGGUCUUGGCUGAAUGAGCAUAGCCUUUCGUGUGCCAGACAUACAGGAAUGCAUAUUGAACGCUCUCUGGAAAAAUAACAAUGUUGAGCACAAUUGUGGUAUUUCAUAAAAUGCCAGUAGCCACAAGAAACCAAAUCACACAGAAAAAUAAAGCAAGGAUAUGUUCUUGUUCUACAAUAAAGAUUGAUUUAAACUCAUUACCGUCUGUUUUCCUCCCAAAAGGCAUUUAUAGCCUCCCCCUACUAAGAAGGUAAUUCAUGCAAAACAUCAAAUAUGCAGCGUGCCAUAAAUUUUGAUGACUAUAUAAAAUUGCCUAAAACAAA